CAGAACACAAACCACAUUCUGACUGGAGGAAAUUUGCAAUAUACUGGCAACAGCAGAUCAUCUAACUACCCUAAGAAUGGCAAUUCAGACUAUCACUUGGAUGAGCGCCUUCCUCUGCCUCGUGCAAGUUUUCUCGAUGCCCAUGCCUUGCCAGCUACAAGGACAGCUGGUGCGAACAACCCACAACCUACUGAGAGACAUGGGGGGUCAUUUUCCUCUGGAGUGCCUGCAGGAGAAUGUCGUCAUGUCAUUCCCAGCCACCGCAUUUGCAACCUCCGGCGCGCCACAGUUGAGCAGCAGUGGUGCGAAGGCAAUUUAUGAGACAUUGAAGAACAUCGACACAUUGUUUGGAACUGACGAACUGCCGACAAUGUGGGACCAACAGAAGUUGGAGUAUUUUCAGAACAUUGUCUACCGUCAGAUUGAAGAGAGCAAAUGUAUGAUGGGCAGUGUGGAUACAAGUGAUUAUCCCAUCAGGGCAGAGGGCCUGAAGACGUACUUUGGGAACAUUGCAGCAGUCCUAAAAGAAAAGAAUUUCAGUUACUGCGCCUGGGAAGUGGUUCGAAAAGAGCUCCUGUACACCCUAGAAUUCAUUCUGAAACACAACUCUGAUAGCCUUCUGUGGUCCAACAGAACAUGA